CAGCGGGCGGUGGGGACUCGGCUUCCCAGCGUGCUCCGCGCGGGCCGCCGCGGCUGACGGCGCCCUUCCUGUGCGCGCGCCGCGCUGCGGGGAGCGGCCGGAUAUACCCGCCUGGGCCGCGCGCUGCGAGGAGGAGCGGUUGGGCCGCGCUCCGUGAGCAGGAGGAGGAAGGAGGGAGAGCUUGAUUGAAAGCAGCAUGGAAGAUUCUCUUGGGGACCUGUCCAUUCAGAGAGAUGCCAUCCUGUCUGAGUUGUACCAUAUUCAGAUCACCACCAAGAAACUGUGAGUCUCCUGGGGAUGUAGGGGGUGCAGGAGCUGAGAUCCUUGGUGGCUUUAACUGACCCAGAGGAAGGGAAAUUGUUUCAGUCUCAAGAGACAGCUUUAAAGUCACUGGAUAUUUGGAAGACCUUAUUUGCUGCAGCUGGGCCUAAGCCAGAGAGCACAGUUGAGUAACAGCCCAAAGAUGGGAGAUGAAGGUGCCGGUGAGCCCUUUAUGGGUAUAGUGGCUGGUGGGGCCAAAGAUUAUGAGGGCGCCCUACCUUCUGACACAGUUUCACUCAGUGAUUCAGACUCUGAAGACUUUGGCUUAGUGGAUGAAGCAGAAGUUGAUACGAUUUCUCCAGUGGAACCACCAUCUUUGGAUGAUGUAGGUUAUGGAUCAGAUGAGAUCCCUGAUUCUUCAAACAACAAACAUAAGUCUCCUGUCCAGCCAUUCCAUCUGAGAGGCAUGAGCUCUACCUUCUCGCUGCGUAGCCAGAGCAUAUUUGACGGCCUGGAAGGGGCAGCCAAAUUAGCGGCACCCUCUAUGGCUGAAGAUAACAUUAUUGAUGGGAGGUUUAAGCGCCCUCUGCCCCCACCCACUCCUUUAAGCAAGAUGGCUGCAGAAAGCCUUGGAAGGCAAAGCAAGCCUCCCCCAGCUCCCAAAAGCUCUCCCGGAGUCCCGGACUACGUGGCACAUCCAGAACGCUGGACAAAGUACAGCCUGGAGGGAGUUUCAGAGUCCAGUGAUAAGACCAACAGGAUGGCUGCCAUGGAGUUUCUAGAGGGCUUGAAGAAGAAAGAAGGAGAAGAAAGCUCAGCUAUGCAAGACAGCUACACCCCAUAUUUCAACCAGGACCCCUCCAGCUAUGGUGCUGGAAGGAUAAUAUUUACCAAGCCCACAAAGAUAGGUAUGCGUAGUUCGGAAAGGAAAAGACCAGCAGAGGAGGAUGGUAAGAAGCUCAUGAAUACAAAGCAAGGUCUGAAUGAGAAAUCUCCCAAAAAGGGCAGUGACCUGAAGGACGAAGAUGAAGUUGAGCUGGGCCAUCUAGACAUUGAAGGGAAGAAGACGAUGGAGGAAGAGGAGCAGCUGAAGUUGGAGGACCUGGGUACAAAAAGGGAACUUGGCACAGGUUCCGCUCAUACAGGUGAAGAUGCUUUGGUGGAAACCGUAGGGUUUCACGGUAGUAAGAAAAGGAGUAGGAAGCAUUUCCGUCUCAAAGCAGACUAUGAAGAGGCUGAAGAGUCUUAAGAGAGAAACUAAUUAUACCCAUCCAGAGGCUUCAGUGUUAUUCCAGAAGGCUACCUUUAUUUGCUCUCUCUCAGCUCAGAUCUCACUAGUGGGGCAGGUGGCAGGCAUUUGUCUAGCACUCAGUUUCAUGGUCUCCAAAUAUACUAUUUUUAGUAAGUUUGUCAGAAAUUAAGGUAUAAAAACAAUAUACCUGCAGGGAACAGUGUGGGCACAGCACCUGGAGGGGUAGGGAGUGGGGUGUGUGCUCUUGAGCAAGCCCCUCUGACUGAUGCUGACACAGUGUCAAGUCUUUGACCACAGAGAUAGGCUAUCCUAACACAAGUACUUCAGCGGGAAAAGUGAGGGAUCCAGGAGGAUCCCCUGUCUUUCCCUACUUUUCCACCCUCUUAAAAAAAGUAGAACCCCCUGGACAGUGCUGUAGAAGUCUGGGGUCAAAAGGGAUCAGGAUUGAAGAGGAACAUAUAAGGUAGAGUUUUAAAGUAUUAAAAACCAAACCCAGUAGGGUUAAGUUUGUAUCCUGAUUCCCUACCUCAGAGAGGGAAAUAUUCCCUUAAUAUGUAUGUCCCUAAUUGGGAUCAGGUAGGACAAGGAUUGAGCCAUGCUUUCCGCACUGCCACCGAAAAUAAAAACACAGUAAGUAACUGACCAUGAGCUGAGAGGGCACAAUCAGGAGUUGCAAAUUAAAUGGUUUUUAAGGUAGCCUGAGUAUUUUCCCUCGGUUACUUUCUAACAUAUCUUAUUUGGUAAAAGUUGAAAAGAAACAUGAGGCCUGUUGAGACAAAACAUCUUUGGAAACAUUUUAGCAAAGACAUGCGUGAAAGCCUCAGCCACUUCUCAACAUGCUGUAUGUACAACUGAAAUUUGUGUGACAGCUUACUGACUGGUCAAGCAGCCACAAGCUUUUACCUUGUGUGUGAGUGAUGUGCUGUGCUGAUGUCUCACCUCCAUAAGUUGCAGUGCUUCCAUUUUGACUCUUAAGUGGACUAAUUGGAAGGGAAGGACUUGUACUAAGAGAUUCUCUUCAUACUUUGGAUGUCAAUAAAAACAUGUAGUUGUAA